AUGAAAUAUGCAAAUGGAGGGGAUUUACAUAAUUAUUUACAAGAGAAUUUUACAGAGAUUACAUGGAAGAAAAAAUUGCACAUUUUGUGGCGAAUUUCAGAUGGACUUCAAACUAUUCAUGAAAAAGAUUUCGUACAUCGAGAUUUUCAUAGUGGAAAUAUAUUGAUUGAAAUAAUUGAAAAUGAUUCAUGCAAAAUAGAUCAAUAUCUAAUCGGAGAUUUAGGAUUAUCACAGCCUGCAAAUGACAUUCCACAUGAUAGCAGUAUAUAUGGAGUAAUACCUUAUAUUGCACCAGAAAUAUUUAAGGGCGUCAAAUUUUCUAAAUCAUCUGAUAUUUAUUGUAUGGGCAUGAUUAUGUGGGAAUUAACAACUGGUUGUAAACCUUUUGAUAAUGUUGAACAUGAUAUUGAUUUAAUUUAUAAAAUUAUUGAUGGAAAACGGCCUAAUAUUACUGACGACACUCCCGAAGAUUUUGCUAAUUUAAUGAAAAGAUGUUGGAAUCCUGAUCCUAAAAUGAGACCUUCAGCAACUGAUGUUUGUGAAAUUUUUAAUUCUUGGUCAAAUAUGGGAAUGGAUGCCGAAUAUUUUAAUCAAGCUGAAGAAAUAAGAUUAGAAUUUAUAAAAUUAAAAAUGCUUGGACCAGAUUUUAAUGAAAAACCUCAUCCAAAAGCAAUUUAUACAAGCAGAUCAUUAAGUUCUUUAACCGGUUCACCUUCAAUUUUAACGUUUAAUACGAAACCAAAUAAUAGACUUAUUGAAGAAUCAAUCAACAAUAAAGAAAGUGAUUUUUGUGGUACACGAUUUGUCCAAUUUACGAAAAAGGAUUCUAAUUCUUCUGGAAGUAAAUUAAAUCGUACGGUAAAUAUAGAUUCAGAACUUGAUAACUUUCAGAAAAUGAUUAUUGAUUGGGCAAAUAAAUUUAUUAAUUUAUUUACACCAAUUGCAGAUACUGAAAUGAAAUACCCAAAACUACACAAUUGGCAACAUCACAUUAUUGAUGCUAUACGAAACUAUGGUACAAUUAAUGGUUUCACGACUGAAACUUAUGAGUCGUUACAUAAAUUUUAUAUUAAAGCUCCAUAUAGAAUGUCCAAUCGGCGGGAUGCAACUUCACAAAUAAUUAAUUUGGUGCGACAUGAUAGUAUUUUAAAUUAUCUCCAAAAAAUAACAUCUCCACCUUCAAUCAAGAAGCAUCGUCAAAUUAGAACAUUAGGUGGAAUCGAGGGCAGCUUUACAUUAGAUACCUUUAAUGACUUUGUUGAUGAAUAUAGAACUACUCACUUUUUAGCAUUAGAAGCUGAAAAAGCAUUUGAAGUAUUAAUUGACUCAUUAAAUCAAUAUUUUGAUCUUAUCGAAAAUAUUACUAAUAAAGAUAUUGAAGCAACAAUUAUUAAGUGUGAUAUUGCAAUUAAUAUGAACAAAGAGGAGGCUGAAAAAUAUAAUACAAUUGAUGGAAUUUUAAUGUUAUUUGGAUUAAAAAUUCCCAGUCAUGAUGAACAAGAAUUGGCAUUAGUUCAUUGGUAUAAUUUUAAAUACAAUGACUUACACAGCUUAUUUAAAUAUGAUUGUACAUAAGUAAAACGUAUUCCAAUGUUUACUGUUAUAGCAAUUGAAUCUAUUAUUGAACCUGUUCACAUUAUUCCAUGUUUCAAUAAAACAAAUGAAUAUUUUGUAAAUUAUUUUAUUUUUUAAAUAUAGUUCAUCUAUUUUUUGAGAUUAGUUAGGUACUGUAUGUUUUUCUUUUUUGUAUUUGUUUCUUGUGUUUUAUUUUCUUACUAACUUAUUUUAUUUCUUUUAUUCUUUAACUUUAUGGGUUUUAUUUUUUAUGGAAUUAUGGUUUUC